AUGGGCAUCAAGGGACCCGAAAUCCAUGAGACUCAGCUUCUAGAAGGCCAAGAUGGCUCACCUGAGGAGCAGAGUCGAAAGUUUUCGCUGCCCUUCUUGCCCAAUAGGUCACGGGGCAGCGAAUGCAGUCUUGAUACAGUCCACAAACACGGUUGGAAGCCGUUGACUCUCGGCGCUCCUGCACUAUUCUCUUUCGCCUUCGCCUCUCUCCUUCUCGCAGCCAUCAUCGAGAUACUAGCUCAACAAAGCCAAAAUCAGGGGGGUCUCGCCUUGUCCGAUUCAGCGGAUGACAUCCCUGCCUUUGCCAACUUCUGCUACCUGUUCCUUCCGACGAUCGUUGCCGUCAUAUACAGCCUACUUUACAGUUGGAUUGAUCUCGAUGUAAAACGUAUGCAGCCGUGGUUGGAGAUGUCAAAACCGGAGGGUGCCACAGCUGAACGCUCCGUCUUCCUGGAUUACCCAUAUGACUUUGUUGCCUUUGUUCCCCUGAGAGCUGCGAAGAGACGGCACUGGGCUGUCUUCUAUGGCGGUACUGUGAUGGUGAUGAUCUUUUGGCUCAUCACACCUCUACAGAGCGCAAUUAUGGGUACUGGGCCUGUCAAUGUCCAGCAAAUAACCAGGGUAUCCCAUCCCCAAACCCCCCUCCCUGCGUCAGAACAGAUCAUGACUAUGGACCAAUCAAUACUCAACGAAGGAUAUGCCAUCACAUGGCUCAACCAAUCGUAUCCUGAAUACACGACUGCUGAAUAUACGCUCUUACCGUUCACUGUUGAUAGUAACGUCAAGCAUGUAACUUCGACUAACUGGACUGGACCUACAACCAAAUACUGGACUGAAAUCGAUUGUCGGCCGGCCGAAUUCGGGCCCCGUGGACCGGGUUAUGACUUCCUCGAUGGCCGCGGUUGUAAUGCCAGCGAGAUUGUGCCUUAUGGCGGGGUACCCAGCACCGGUAACAUCUACAAGAUGCACUACAUCGGCUACCACAACAGUCCUUGGGCUGACUACUGGCUUUCAAUGACAUGCUCCAAAGCAGCACAGCAUGAGUUCCUGGCUAUCUGGGCGCGCCAGCGUGAAAAUGAGACGGAACAGGUUACUGCCUCCUUUUGUGAGACCAGUUAUUUCAAGCAACAAGUGAACGCUACAGUUUCUUCUCUCACCAAGCGACCCAUCGAGAAUUCUGUCGUGCCCAUCGGUCCCCGCGAGCUUGUUUCUUCAACAGAGUUCAAUUCAUCGGCCUUUGAGCAUCUCCUCGGCGCUGGGACAUCCUCCGUCGAGCUUGAAGUCUCGCGCGAAUACCCCUUUGGUCGUCUACUCGAGCAACACUUUCAGGUCAGGAAGAUGCAUAUCCGGUGGCCUUCAUCACCGUUGGUUGGAUUCGCUAUUGGCUCUCAGAACGUAACCACACUGGAACCCUUUCAAGACAACGCCUUCAUGGACGCUGCUUACAACAAGACACACAAGAUGCUCUUUUCGAUCGCUCUGCGCCGGAUGCUCGCCAAUUCCUCAUCGGAAGCCACGGCAACGGGAACAGUGGACUUUGUAAAACACGGCAUCAUCGUGAGCAGGGUCUUCUCGGCUAUCGUGGAGGGGUUACUAGUUGUGGUCGGAGUUUUCACGAUGAUGCUCUGGUGGCACAGCAACAGGGCACAAAGCAGACUCACUAUGGACCCGGCUUCUUUGGGGUCUCUGAUGAGUUUCUGUCAGAACAGCUCUACCUUGUUAGACAAGUUCGCCGGAAAGGGCUGCCUCCCCGACGAGAAGCUCCGAGAAGCAUUGGAGGACAAGAAGUUUCAGCUAUUUUGCGGAUGCCAGAGCAGUUCUGGCCAAAUGGUAAUUAAGGUUGUCGAUACCCGAGAAGAAUUUUACGAAAGCCAGCGCAUCAGUAUCCAGCCCGAUACCGCCUUUUCCGUCGGCCAUUACUCACCUGUCAAGCCAUUAGCGUUGAGAAGAAGCAUUGGUUCUGCCGUAAUACUCUCUAUGAUAGGAGCGACGGUUGCACUCGUGUACUUAAAAUGGAAGGAAAAGCAGAUUGGAGGACUCAUACGACCGACGACGAACUUCGAGCUGCUUCAAAUUCUCGAGAAUUACAUUCCCACACUAUUCGCAACAUUCCUGGAACCAUUCUGGGUGCUGGUCAACAGAUUACUCUGCAUCAUCCAGCCCUUCAAAGACCUUUGGUCCGGCAGGCGAUCCGCGAGAGGUUCCAUCGACGCAAAAUACACUUCCUUACCCCCUCAAUUAGUAGUCUGGCGCGCGGCUAGGUCAGGUCACUUCGUCCUAGUUGCGAUUUGCCUCCUGGCUCUUCUAUCGAACUUGCUCGCCGUCGGUCUCGGUGGUAUCUUUAAUGAGCUACCUAUUAGUGUCAACAGAACCAGCAGAUUCCAACAAAGAAUCAAAACGACAUUCAAUAAUGACACGGUAAACAGUUUUGACAGCCACAGUACUUUUUAUGGGAAUGUCAUCUCAUACGAAAUGCAUUUCUACAUUGCCAUGAACAACAUCACACAAGGCACCGCUUUGCCGCCUUGGGUCAGCAAGGACUACUUUUUCCAACCAUUUCCCAUUGCUCCCGGCGAAGAGAGUCGGAGUGAUACGUACACAGCACGUACAAGAGGAUUCAGCACCAUUCCAUCAUGCAUAGAUGCUGGCACUACCAAGAGCUGGGGGAGAGCUCCAGUCUUGAACUAUACGUACAAGCGCGGUGGAGAGACGGUUCCUGGAUGCCCGACGACAUACCAACCUCAGAAACUCGAUCUCAAUAAGACGACAUCAUCAGGAGAGAUCUCAGGCCCUUCGUCAGCGGAGACAGUGGGUGUAUUGAAGGAUGACCAUACUCCUUGUGGUAUCCCGCUUAUUCUUUCGUGGUCGCGGACCUCAGAGGUACAGAACAGGGAAGAUGGCGAGAUAGACACUUGGUUUGCUGUUUGCACCCCCGAGUUCACGACAAGUAUGUUCGAUGUUACCGUGGACCCGGUAGGUCAUGUACUCCACGCCAAGCAAGUCUCGAAGCCGUCGUUCACGCCCGACUUGCCCAUACAAAAGAACACGACAGACACGGUGACAACAUAUGUCAACGACCUCAUCGAAGGCUUUGCCUUUCCUUGGCACAACAACACACUGUCGAAGGACUGGAUGAACUACCUAAUCAAAAUCCAGCCCGGCUACGCCGAUAUACUCGACCCAUUGACGAUCCCGAACCCCAAGGCUCUCAUCCCUGUGAUCGAGCGCACUUACCGACAAUUCUACGUGAUCUUCCUCAGUCUCAACCUCGACUUUUUCGAUAACUACACGCAGCCCGUCAUAAUCACAGGCACCGAACACCACAUCGAGACCCGCAUCUUCAUGGACACUGCCGCGUUCAUCAUCAGCCUCUCCGUCCUCGCUCUCAACAUCGUCGUCGCCAUCACACUCUAUGGCUUCACCAUCAAGCACUUUCUCCCACGAAUGCCGACGACCAUUGGUUCGAUCCUCGCAUACCUCGCACCCAGCCGAGCAGUACGCGAAUAUGAGUGGCCUGACAGCGCGGGGAGCGGCGACUCCAAGGACGGCCCUAGAGGCAGGAAAAACGGUCGGGGCAGUGGCACCGGCGGGAUCGACAAGCAGGCGCCGACGUUCAGUUUCGGUCGAUACGUUGGCGAUGAUGGGCGCGCUCACGUGGGUAUCGAGGUGGAUCCGUACGUGGUACCGGUCAAACUAUCAGCACUGAGGAAGGGGGAUACCGAACCGAGGACUGGGCUGUUGAGACGGAUUCUGGGUCGAGGCAAAAAAGAGAGACAGGGGGAUACUUGGCUAUAG